AUGGCGUGUUUCAUAGCUAUUCGCAGCGUUCUGAAUGUUGUGCUGAACAUUGGUUAUAAACUUGAACGCAGCGAAUAUGACGGUUUUUUGACGCAUAUAAUGUAAUCUUUGAGAAGCAUUUUCCAGUGUCGUCGAGGUGGCUGCGAUGUCAGUCAGCGUCCCGUGGAAACCGUUCUCAAGUUGAAGAACCUCUGCUGCCUGACGCCAAAGCCUCCGGCCAGACAUGGAGUUGCUGAAGAGGUUUGGUGAUCCCGACCAACUAGUGACCGAAGAGGACCUGAUCGUGCUGAGGUUAGACACCCCGUGGCCAGCCUCCCGCCCUUUUCCCGAGAGGCUCGUGCUGGAUGCCAGCCGCCAACUCAUUGGCGCGAAUCAGGAGACCCUCAUCAGCCACCGGGAGUUCCUGGGUAGGCCGUACCUACCGUACGCGCUCUUCUGUGGCUGUGCCGCCUUCGAUUCGUCCCCCUCGUUUGAGAAGGCGGCCGUGGCAGUGCUGAAGAACACCCACACACUGGUCAUCGUGCACAACAGGAACAUGGUCAGCGACCUUGUCUCCAAGUUCAGCGGCCUGAGCGUUCUCGCACUCCCGCACAACCUCAAGGUGGAGGGCGAGCGGGGUGCUGACCUUGACACGUCUAGUGACAAGCUGUGUCAACUCAAGGAACUGCUUGGGACAACCCCCGGCCUCGGCAUUGACAACCUCUUCCUACUAGACGACGUGGCGAUGCAGAUCCAGGAAAUGUGUCCAAAGCUCACAGAGUGGCAGACGGACAUGAACGACGUCAUCGGGAUCAUGUCCAAUCCGGUCAAAGCCGCCGAAGAACUGCCGAACGCUGCCCUGACCCAGGAACUGAUUCUGGGACGUUCAAUACAGGCACACGACGGCAAACUCCUGAUGUACGCCAACGCCGGCAGUGACAGCGUCGAGACCGCCUCCAAACUCUUCACCAACCUUACUCGGCUAGAGGUCUGCUCCACCUUCGCCAAAUCUCUGUCGAGCGUCGCGGACUUCGGUGGGAUUCGCCGCCUGUCGCUGAUGGCUUCCAUCGAGAUGGCCGCUCCUUUUCGCAAGUACGUCGUGUCGCUGCUUCGCAAGUUUGACCUGGAAGAGCUCACGCUAAAGUGCCUUGGUGACGUGCACCUGCCAACUCUCGCUGAGCACUGCCAAAACCUUGUCUCCCUCACGCUGAUCCUCUGCCCCAUGUUUCACGACUCGGCACUGGGCAGCGGGUUCCCAAAGUUGAGGGAGCUGCGCGUCGGCUGCUUCUUCCACGAGCCGACGCUUCCCGUGCUGCUGCUCGCUUGCCGAGGACUGGUCUCUCUGCAUCUGGACGGGAAAGAGACUUGCGCCACGUUUCUGAAGUGCGUGGCAACCGUUGGUUUGGAGAAGCUGGAGCGACUGACGCUGCGGACGAAGCAACGCGUGGACGUGCCAAGCGGCGUGGAAGACUUGCGACGGCUUGUGUCGGCUCUUCCGUCGCUGCGGUAUGUAGCUACGGACUCGUACGGCAUCCGGCUGUUCUUCGAAAACUACGCUCAGCACGUCCGCUUGGCUUGGCUUGGCUGCACAAUCUGCACCGCGGAGUUCCCCAAGAUGGGCAAGAGGCACAAGAGGACGUGGCUACAGUGCAACGGCUAUCCGUGGCGCUAGUACUUGCGACAACGUAGGUACACUGAAUUGCCAACAAACUGUCCGCUUCUUUUGGUGUCAUCAGCAAAGAUGCCCAGAUGUCUUGUAUUUGAGGCGUCACUUCUAGCAAGUUCUUUCUCUGGUUGGAAAACUCUAUGAUAUUAGCACUGUCGAAGGAGUGCUCCGGCUAAAGAUGAGCCCCCAGCGCCCAAUGCGUUUCGUGUAAAAUGACUUUGAGUCGCAUGACCUCUUGAUGGGUGGCCCCGUUUACGAUAGUUGGCCAAAACACUAUUACCACCAACUUAGUAAUGUGUUCGGCUACCUUUGGCAUGCAAAACAGCUGCAACCACUUUUCGCAUGAAUUCUACAAGUUCUUGGUAUGUGGCCCGAGGAAAAGUGUGCCAGAUUUGCAAGCACAGGUAGUGCAGUUACUGUAGAUUAUGAAGAGGUGGUUUGUGAGCUCCGAGCUGGCAUCCCUUCACAUCUCAGAUGUACUCAAUAUAGGAUUGAUAUCUGGCAAAUUAGGCGGACAGGACAUUAGUUCGAACUUGUCGUCUGCUCUUUAACUCACAUUAGCACAAUUCUAGCCUUGUGCCGUAGAGCUUCGUCCCGUUGGAACAUUCCAGUUCCGGUGGGAAAGACAGAGGCCAUGAAUGGGUGUAACUGGUCGACAGUGACGGUGACAUUGUCUACAGCUUUCAUAGUUUACUCUACAACAACUUCCCAUAUCCUAAUGAUGACCAUGAGAACAUCUCCCAAAGCUUAAUACCGCCACCAUCGGUUACAAUGCACAUCAACGGGUGCCAGAUAAUGCUAAUGGCACAUCAGCUAGGUGCACUCAUUCACAUAAUUUGUAAGUUUCGUCACAAUGUUUUGCGUGAUCAGUGUAUUUCGACUUUUUAAAUCCAUGAAAGGUUUACUGGGAAAUAAUAAUUUAAAUAUCCAAGGUCUCUCUCCCAAGAAAUGGUGGUUUCAUUCUUAUUGUCGUAAGAAAAGAAGUAUGAAUGCCCUGGUUUGCUGGUUUGAGAGCUGUGAAGUUCAGAAAUUGAAAGGCGAACAUUUUGCUUUUGGAAUUUUGAGACUUAGAAACAAGAUUUUGGACAUCAGGAUUGGUUGUAUAAACUACCUCUAGAAACAAGUGUUUUAGACAUUAUCCGAAAGCAUUGCGGCGUCGCAGGCUGUUGCGAGCCUUUUCAUCCACAAGGAAUGUGCUUGGAAUAUUUUUUUACUUUUCUGGCUAGGAUAAGGCGGAAAAUAUACAAUUAGACAUGGAGGGAUAGGAGCAGACGAGAGCGCGCUGGGAAGUCGGAAAACUGAGCUCUGGUUAAAAUGAAUGGGGGUGCCUUUGUCUUUACUUACUCUUUGAACGUGUUCAAAUGUCGGCUCAUGGCGUUCGGCAUUUGAACACAUUCAAAGAGUAAGUAGACAUAAACGCAGCUAGCUUUGCGUCUACACAAGAAUCAUUCCAACCACAGCUCGGUAUUCUGACGUCCCCUCUCGUCACUUCCUCUCCUUCCAUUUAUACAGAAAUACAGAUUUUUAUUUCCUUUUUGGAAAGCCAAGGCACAUUUGUUUUAGAGCGCAGCUCUUAGGGGCCCGUUUCCAACUUGAGCAGCGUUGCCAUCGGCGGUGUAACCGCGAGGUCAGGUGAACCCCCCUCUCCCCCCCCCCCCCCCCCCCCCAAGGUCAUGUGACCCCCUGAGAUCACGUGGUCAUGUGAACCCCUGAGAUCACGUGGUCAUGUGAACCUCUGAGGUCACGUGACCCCUGAGGUCACGUGACCCCCUGAGGUCACGUGACCCCCCUCCUCCCGAGGUCACAUAACCCCCCUGACAUCACACGACCCCCCUGACAUCACACGACCCCCCUGAGGUUACGUGACCUCAAGGAGUCACCUAUCCCUCAGUACCCUUUCAUCCUCCUCCUCAAAAGCUGCGCUCUAAUCCGGCGUUAUAGGGAAUUGUAAACGGCUUUCAUUUUUUUGUUGCAGCACUCCUUUCAAAACAUUAAAUCUUGGUUUCUGGCAAUGAGCCUUGUGUCUCUUAACAAACAUUUCUUGCAACAAGGUUCUGCAUAUGUUAUACUGUCAUGAAUGAGAAAUACUGCGCUUACUGUCAACAAACAUGUUUCAAACAUUUUGCGCACUUAGCUUUCUGAGAAAGUUGCAUUGUCUUCAGUUGGUUGCCAUCAUAUUAGCAUAGGGGUGUAGCAAUUAGUCUGGAAGCUUUUUGUUUAAAAUAUAUUGUCAUGACUGCUGUAGAACAAACGCUUUUAGAAUUGCUGGCUUACAAUCUUGCGAUUUCUAAAGCAAAGUAGUUUUGUAAAAGACAUAACUUAAUUUUCUGCCUUUGGGAUAGGAGCAAUAUUUUCCUAGAAUUAAUACAAAUCACUUAGGUAGGUUUUUUGUACAAGCUAUGGUAAAAAGGAGAAGGCGUCGAUACUUCGGCUCAUGAUUUAUUGCUCAAGAACUGAGUGGCAUUAGUGUUUUUCGGGUCCAACAUGUGUGUGUUUUUUAUUGGCGGGAGUGCUGUUUCUGUAUACUAUGCUCUUUUUUGUUGUCCAAGUUAAUGUACAAGUGACAAUUCUAGUGUACGACUGUUGAGUUUUUUGAACAUUUUUUUAAAAUGUGUUGUAGGUGGAAGAACAAAUCAAUGAAUUCCUUUAAAACCUUACAGGCUAGCACUUUCAGAAGAGUUGAAUCGUUUGAAAUUUUCCUAUCUGUCAAAUAAAUUGUAAUACUAUCUUAAUCAUAUUUAGCGGGAAUACUGGAGUGCAUGGCAUCGGGUACUAUUGGACCUGGUGCUCAACUGCGACGCCUCUGCAACACCUCUGCUAUGCUGCAGUUGCGCUCCUGGCCGUUAGAUUGCUCUGAUGGUACCCGGCGCCACGCUCUCCCAUGUUCCCGCUAACUGUGAUUAAGAUAGUUCAGCAGGUCCUUGUACCUUGGAUUCUGACAAACAUUGCUAAUGUGACUUGUAAUCAUGUGAUGGAACUACAUACUAUGUAUGUGGUUCCACCACUUUGAGCAUCAUCUUUUAUAAAUAUGAAAAUGAAUUAAAAAUAAAUUUGUUGUUGUAGGCUGUUUAUGAGAUGAUACUGUAGAUUGCCUUUUUUUUUCUUUUUUCAGUGCUGCAAAGAAGCCUUUUGGCCUAAAUCAAUAUGAAUUUUUUUCUACCUUUGGCAAAACUUGCGUUUUGAGCCUUUUUUUACCAUUCACUGCCACAAGGUAUACAUGCAUAAAUGUAUCAUAUUACAAUAGUGAGUCAUGAUGUCAGUACUCCUUGCCAGCUUUAAUUAAAUUCACUGGCCAGAAGUACCUGAACACAUGUGCCAAUCGUACCACAUUUCUUGUUUUGUUUUGACUCUGUUUUACGUAAUCAAGAGAGGGACAAGAGUUAGCUAUAUCUUUAUUUUUUGAUGAUAUGAUUGCACUCUUUAUCACAUUUUGCACAUGGCCUGGUCGAGCAUAUGGAGUUUCUAUCGCCCUUGUAAAAAUCCGAAAUCUUGCCCAUAACAGUUUCGGGAGUGUUAUCUCAGUUCUCAUUUAAAUCAUAAGCACUUAUGAAGUUCUUUCGUUGAUCAUUGCUCUAUAACAGGCACGCAGCCAGGGGGGAGGCCCAUGGGGCCCGGGCCCCCCCACGAAAUUUUCCAUUUUGCUGGAACCUCCUC